CAUGUGAGGGGGGCAGCUCCCUCGGCCGCCGCCGCCUCCUCCUCUUCCUCCCCCCGCCCCUCCCUCCCUUCCCGGCCCCCUCACGCGGGGCCCUGGAGGAGCCCCCGCAGCCGCCCGCCCUCCCGACGCGACCCCCGCGAUGGACAGGAACUACGCGACCUCGGGCUUUGCGGACCCGCCGCCGCCGCCGCCCGCGCCCCCCGCCAGCGCCGCCGCGCAGCCCCCCGCCCCCGGCUGGGCCUACGAACCCCGAGCCGCGGCGGCCGCCAGCAGCAGCAGCAGCUGCAGCAGCGGCAGCAGCCCCAGCCUCAAGGCCAGUGUAAGCUAUGAAGAAGGACCUCCCUCGCACUCUGAGACAGAUCUUCCGAGACAGACAUUCACAGCAUCUCAGCAACUCCCUGGAUACAGCCCCACGCCUCAGGCAGCCGGUAACAGCUCUCCUGUGAGAUGUACAGUGCAUCGGGGUCUUUCUGGAGUAUUUGACACUAGUGUGAACAGUGCCAGCGCUAACACUAAGGAAUCUUCAGUGAUGAGUUUUCUCUCUGCUGUGGAAUCCCGAACUGCUCAGACUGCUGCCUCAGGAACCAUUUUACCCCAGUUCAGGGCUCCAUCCUGGCAGACAGGCAUGCAUUCCUCAGCUGCAUCUGAGCUAUUUGUUACUGGAACCUUGCCAACUACUGGAACGCUUCCAUCACCUGCCCUCUCUGUUUAUCAGCAUCCCACCACCUUCAGCAAUAGAAACUUUGCUACCACCUCGCCUUUGGUGCUUCAGGAUUUGACUUUUAACACUACAUCAAAUGGAAUUUUAAAUCCUCAUGACCCUUUGCUGCAAAUCAAGACUUCCCAGGCGACUGUUCCAACUGCCUUGGCAUUUGAGCGCCUGGGUAGUACUGCAUUAAGUAACAGCGUACCACCUCAGUCUUCAACAUAUCGCUCAGCUCAAGAGUCAGCACCCCAUCUUUUACAACCUCAGUUUAGUUUGUUGCCUUCAGCACUUGCAGGAGCCCAGCAAACUCCUCAAGUCUACAGUUCAGCUCUCUUUACUAGUUCUACUGCUUCCAUUGAAAGAGCUCUUCUUCGAGAAUGUAGUGUUAUUAAACACCAUCAGCGGCCUUCAGGAACCCAGUCUCUUCAGGCACAACUGACUGGUGCCCAGCAUUCCUUACCUAGUUACCUGUCCAAUGCAGGUAUAGGUAAUUUUCAGGAAACAACCAGGCAGUCAUCCUUAUCCUGUAGUCCAGUAGGAAAUUCUCCUCAGGUGAGCAAUGGAGGACCACAACAGAAGGCCCCCCAGGUCUCAGCGGAACUUGUUCAGUCAUACUCAUCUGCAGUUCCAUCAUCAGGGUAUCCUUCUACUUCAAAAGCAAACAACUGUUCCACAAAACCACUAGCAUCAACCAAGACCCCAAAACCUCAAAAUAUAAUUCCUCCUUUACAAACACUAAGCUAUUCCAAACAUUUACAUAACCAGAGUUCUGUUAUAUCAGGCCAAGCACAAAUUUAUUCCACAGCGCAGCUACCAAGCCUCUUAUCAGUUAGUCAGUCCCAAAAUUAUGGCUUAGUACAGCCACAUAAUGUGCCAUCUAUUGUUCAUUCACAGGUUUACAGGUCCAACAAGGUUGAGAAAUUGCCGUCCUUGUAUAAAAGUUUUUCUGGGUCAUCUCAGACUAUACCCGCUGAAAGUCAAACACUCAAUUAUUCGUCUAACCAGCAGGAGGUAUUAUCUUCAGUUACAAAUGAGAAUUACCCUGCUGAAACAAGAGAUCUAUCUUUAGUCAGUCAGUCUCAAAGUUACACAUCUGGUCAUUCUCAGGGUUUAUCACCAGUUAGCCAGGCACAGGUUAGUUACUCAUCUCAAUCACAAGUUUUGUCAGCGGUUAGUCCUUCAGAAAGCUAUGCCUCAGGGCAGUCUUUGACAUUAACAGCCCCUUCUCUUUCUUACUCUCCUGCUUCUCGGCCUCAAAAUUUACCAGAUACUAGCCCAACCCAGAAUUACAUUUCUAUGCAUUCUUCCCAAAAUGCUCAGAGUCAAGAGUCAUCUUCGCCGCAGUCCCAAAAAUUUUUGCCUGCUGUCCAGUCACCAUCCUUUGCCUCCUCUACUCAUUGUCAGGCAUUACAGAAUAACAUACCUUCCCCUGAGACAAAGUCUUACGCUGAAAGAAAACUUGACUCAAACGUGUACACAUCCUCAAAGCAAGAAGAUGAUUUUCCAGUGCAAGAGUUACAGGUGUUGCAGUCACAGACAACUCUUGAGUCAUCAACCCAAAGACUAUCUGAAAGGAAAAUCAGUGCUCAAGAAACAGCAUACAAGGUCUCAAAGGCAGAUGACAGAUACUCUCAGACUGUAAUCAGAAGUAAUUCCUGUCUUGAAGAUCAAGUUGUUGGGCUUACUCUACAAGGUUCAAAAAAGGAAGAAAGCAUGGUUGGUUCAGUGCCACAGCUUAACCAGCAAGUGGGCCAAGUCAAUAAUGCUGCAACCCUUGAUCUUAAGAAAGCAACUGACUUAAUGCAGACUUCACAAAUAAGGCUAAAUACUAAAGAUGUAAGCCAGCAGUCUUCUCUUAUGCAUAAAGCACAUGAAGUUAAGGCCCAGGAGCAACAUGAUCAAAUAGUUAAUGUCUCAUCCCAGAUUAGAAUUCCAGAUCAUGCCUUAGGGCAUGGGCAUCAGGCACCUCUUCCUACUACCCAGGUCCUUUUAGAUCCUGGCUGUGAUUUACAGAUUCUUCAGCAGUCAAUCCUUCAAGGGGGCUUAGGACAAGUGAAGGCAUCUUUACAAGCCCAGCGUGUUCAGAGUCCUCAACAAAUAGUACAGUCUUUCCUUCAAAUGGAUGGUCAUAUUAUUCCAAGUAAUGGUGAGCAUUCUCAGCAGCAACUCCAUCCUCAAAAUUCUGAUGUCAUGAAGCUGGACCUCCCUGAAUCUUCAAAACCAUUACAGCCGCAUCUGACCACAAAGGCCCAUUUCAGUGAAACAAAUCAGCAUGAGUCAAAGAAUCAAUUUGUUUCUCUUGGAUCAAUAUGUUUCCCUGAGGCCAUGCUUCUCAGUGAUGAAAGAAACAUUUUAUCAAAUGUAGAUGACAUCUUAGCAGCUACAGCAGCAGCUUGUGGAGUUACACCUGAUUUUUCUAAAUCUGCUUCAAAUGAAGCUAUGCAGGCUGUGGAGGGUGGUGAUUCUAAGUCGCAGUUUCAACAACCCUUAGAUGUUAGGCAUGUGACUUCAGACUUCAACCCUGUAGCAGCUACAGUAGGAAAGCCACAGAACAUUAGUGAUAUUUCCUUAAAUGGGAAUCAGGUUAGUGUAAACCUUUCAGCAGUACCUACCCUUCAGUCAAAAAUGACUCUUGAACAACAGUGCAUUGAAACACCUGGUCAAAAUAUGUCGACCACAGCAAAUUCAACAGUGGUUGGAACAAGUCAUGAAAUCCAAGAGCAGCGUUCUGGCACAUUGAAACAGUCUGCUAUGAAUCCUGAGUCUGAAGAAGAUGGUGAAGUUGCUGUUGAAGGCAUGUUAAACACUAACAGAAACCCAGAGUUUGUUUCUAGUGGCAGAAGUUUAAGUGGAGAGAGUGCUACAUCAGAGAGCGAGUUCGCCUUAGCAGGUGAUGACAGUGGUGUGUCGGUGAACUCAACUAGGAGUGCACCUGCACUCCUGGCCAUGGCCCAACCUGCAGAUGCAAUUGGUGUCAAGACUGAAGAAGAAAACCAAGAUUUACCACAUUUUUCUCUUCAAAAGAAAAAGACUAAAGGAAAAGGACAAAAUAAAGAGGAAGAGACUAGUAAUCAGAAACAACUGAAAAGGCCUUCCCAUAGCAAACGCCAGAAUCCAAGAGGAACAGACCCAUAUUCCCCAUAUACUCCUCCCUCAGAGAGCAGCCACGAUGGUUAUCAGCAUCAAGAGAAAAUGAGACAAAAGAUCAAAGAGGUAGAGGAAAAGCAGCCAGAGGUCAAAACAGGAUUCAUUGCUUCUUUCUUAGAUUUUCUGAAAUCUGGCCCAAAGCAGCAGUUUUCCACGCUCACUGUACGCAUGCCUAAUAGGACUAAACGACCAGGGACCCAGACUGUUCGUGCACUCUGCCCACCACCACUUCCAAAGAUGACGUCAUUUGCAGCACCCUUGCCUUUAGUAUCUGAAACUGGAGGUAACAGUCCUUCAGAAAAAGUUGAUCACGAACUUAAAAACUUAGAACAUUUAUCUUCAUUUUCUUCUGAUGAAGAAGAUCCUGGAGUAUGCAGUAAUGAUAUUUAUAAAAAUAUCUCUGCUCCCUUAACUGCUUCUGAUAAAAAGAAGAAAGUUUCAGAAGCGCGACAGGUAGGAACUACUGCUAGCCCAACUGCCAGUACUACUGGUCAGACUCCUUGUUCCUCUGCCACUGUUAAGCAAGAUUCUCUCCAUUCUGCUUCAUCUGCAAUAAAUACGUUGGAGAACACAAACCCUGCAGAACCCUCAAAGUCCAUUGAACGUGAUGGUCUUCCUUCAGACCAGUUUGCAAAGGGACAAGACACUGUUGCCAUACAAGGUUUUACUGACGACGAAAAUGCAGAAAGCGGAGGAGAAGGCCAAUACAGAGAGCGUGACGAAUUUGUGGUCAAGAUAGAAGACAUAGAUACAUUUAAGGAGGCUUUAAAAACAGGAAAAGAACCUCCUGCUAUUUGGAAAGUACAAAAAGCUUUAUUACAGAAAUUUGUUCCUGAAAUUCGCGAUGGCCAGAGAGAGUUUGCUGCUACAAAUAGUUAUCUUGGAUAUUUUGGUGAUGCAAAGACUAAAUACAAAAGGAUAUAUGUGAAGUUCAUUGAAAAUGCAAACAAGAAGGAGUAUGUUAGAGUGUGUUCGAAAAAGCCAAGAAAUAAGCCUUCACAAACUAUCAGAACUGUUCAGGCUAAGCCAAGUAGUAGCAAUAAAACCUCUGAUCCUCCAACAACAAAAACUACAUCUACAAAAGUCCCUUCCACGAAACCCAAAGUUAAACAGCCCAAAGUAAAGGCUGAGCCGCCACCAAAGAAACGGAAGAAAUGGAAAGAAGAAUUUUCGUCAUCCCAGUCUGACUCAUCUCCUGAGAUUCAUUCUAGUAGUAGUGAUGAUGAGGGGUUUGAUCCACCAGCUCCCUUUGUCACUCGGUUUUUGAACACAAGAGCAAUGAAGGAAACCUUUAAAAGUUACAUGGAGUUGCUUGUCAGCAUUGCCUUGGAUCCUGACACAAUGCAAGCCUUAGAGAAGAGCAAUGAUGAACUACUUUUACCUCAUAUGAAAAAAAUAGAUGGCAUGCUGAACGAUAACCGGAAGAGACUUCUUUUGAAUCUUCAUUUGGAUCAGCCCUUCAAGAAUGCUUUGGAAAGUUUUCCUGAACUAACAAUAAUUACUCGAGACUCUAAAGCAAAAAGUGGAGGAUCUGCUAUUUCUAAAAUCAAAAUGAAUGGCAAAGCUUAUAAUAAGAAAACUUUAAGGACCUCGAAAACAUCCAGUAAAUCUGCCCAAGAGUUUGCUGUUGAUCCAGAGAAAAUACAGUUGUAUUCUUUGUAUCAUUCACUCCAUCAUUAUAAAUACCAUGUUUACCUGAUAUGUAAAGAUGAGAUUUCUUCUGUGCAGAAAAAAAAUGAAGAUUUAGGACAGGAAGAAAUUGUUCAACUUUGUAUGAAAAAUGUAAAAUGGGUGGAGGACCUAUUUGAAAAAUUUGGAGAACUUCUAAAUCACGUACAGCAGAAAUGUUCCUAACAUUUCUACAAAAAUCUCGUGUUUUUUUAUAGCACUAAUGAAAUGGCAGAGGGGGAUGGUCAAAGAUAAUCAAAUGUCAAACGGUGAUCUCCCACAGGCUUGCCCACCUUGGCAUGGAACUCUCAUCAUGACCUCUGCAGCGGGACAGUGGUGCUGCUAAGGAAGUCAGUCCUUUGGAAACGGACUUAAUCCCACCACAUUUUUAUCCUAAUGAUUUUUCUAUUUUGUGAACAAUUGGGUAACAGGUUUAUUUUUGGAAAAGAUUUUUGACAAAUGAUGAGGCAUGCACUAAAUAUAUUUUUUUUAAUUGUUAGAGAAAUAACACUUCAGUAAUUUGAUUUUUUUUUUUUCCUGGCACUGGCUAAAUACCGGAAUGAAAAGAGACGUGACAGAAAGCAUAUGUUUUCAUGUCUGGCCACAAACUGAAGGUAUUGUACAUUAUGUAAACAGCUCUGGUGUGAUAUAACAUCCCCUAGGAAAAUAUUAUCAACUUAAAAUAUUAAGUUCAGAAACCACACUCUACUUUAUGGACUCCUUUACUCUUUACAUGUUCAGGAAACUGGAUGUGGAAUUGGUGCAAUUCUGUGACUGCUCUUUGUGUCAAAUUAUAUUAUGAAGAAAAAUCAAUGGCAUACUAUUUUCCCUAUCUCAAAGAAAAGUAUUUUUGUUUAUACUGUGUUUUUUUCCUUUGGGAAAAAAAUUCAAUUGUACAUUUUAUUUUACUAAUAGCUGUAUUUUCACAAGGAAAAUGUUGUGGUUAUAAGUAUGUUCUCUGUAUCUGCACUACGCUUCAUUACUUUAAGUAAAUUUUAUUUAGCUAUAUGUUGCAUUUCUAUUGUGGAUUUUAUCUUGAGAUAAUUUCACCUGUUUAUACAGUUUCUUCAGUAUUACCCAGAAUAUGCAUUCAGUACUAUAGUUAGUUCAGCUUUAUAAAUGGGGUUGUAUUAGACACUGCAGCAGUUUCCUAAUUCAUGAAAUAAAUUUCUUGCUAAACUGUACUUAACUGAUUGUCAAAAGUCUAACUGUGUGAUGCAUUUUGAAAACUAAAAUUGAUAUUUAGACUAUGCAGUGCUAAACACGUUUUUUUCCCUAACUCUUAGAACUGGAAGUGACAGAGUCCUCCUUUUGGUGCCUUUUCAACCUUUAUACACACUAGGGUAGUUUUCCUAAGUUUGAUAACUAGCAACAUUUCAAGUAGUUUAGCUGAGA